AUGGCUGCUCUCACCGAUUCUGUACCCUUUUCUGUUGACGGAAAGACCGCCCUGAUCACAGGUGCCGGCUCUGGUAAGCAUCCUCUCUCCCUAUGGAAUAGCGAAUGGCAUCCUUGAUCAUUCUCGACAGGCAUCAACUACUGCUUCGCGAAGCUUCUCCUCUCCAGGAAUUGCAACGUCGUGAUCGCCGAUCUAGGUCUCCGCCCUGAAGCUCAAGAGCUCGUAGACAAGUAUACCUCAAAGGCUGUACCGCGUGCGAUAUUUGUGAAGACAGACGUAACCAUAUGGGAUGACUUGACAAACGCGUUUGACAAGACAGACAGAGAAUUUGGAGGAGCAGACAUUGUUUGUCCUGGUGCUGGCGUGUACGAACCUGAAUGGAGCAACUUCUGGAUUCCACCAGGCUCUGAGAAAGCCAGAGAUCCCAUCCAUGGUGCAGAAGGAAUCGGCCACUACGCUACCUUGGACAUCAACGUGACGCAUCCAAUCCGGGCCACGCAGUUAGCCAUCUCGCGCUGGCUCAACCCCCCAGCAGGAAGCAAAUGCGGCAGGGUCUCAGCGACGAACCCCAAACGUAUCAUACACAUUACCUCGGUAGCUGGACAAGUCCCUGGUUUCCUCACGCCGCUAUAUCAAGCCUCGAAGCAUGCAAUUUCAGGUUUUAUUCGCUCCCUUGCACCGCUCGACCAGAAUCUGGCAAUCCGGGUCAACGGUGUCGCUCCGGGUGUGAUCAGAACUCCACUGUGGACUGAACAUCCUGAGAAGAUGCUGAUGCUCAAGGAAGAGCAGGACGAAUGGGUGGAGCCUGAAGAGGUUGCUGAAGCGAUGUUGAGGUGCUGCGAGGACGACAUGGUUGAUGGAGGGUACGUGAUGGAAGUCUUGAAAGGUCGCACGAGGCACGUAGACUGGAAGAUGGAUCCAGGUAAGUAUAAAAGUUGUCAUUGUAGGUAUUGGAGAUGUUUGCUAAUCUGCUCACACCACAGGGCCUCAGGGACCAGGCUUUUCGGCAAGCAACAGAGCUGGCAUGAUCGCCGAGCUUCUUGGAUCGCUUGCUCAGCCUGGUUGGGGCGUCGCGAAGUGA